AUGAAAAUCUUGGCAAGCUAUGUUGUUUUACUCCUUGCAUUGGUUUUGUCCAGGGGCAUCUCACCUGUGAACGCCGAGCACCAAGUGUAUAUUACUGUUCACUGCGCGUCGAAAGACACUGAUCUCGGUACUCAUAAGCUGACAUUUGGAGGUAAUUUCCACUGGAGCUUCAACGUCAACUUCUGGAGGACCACUCUUUUCUAUUGUGACAAGAGCUGGGACAAUGUGAAAGGGCAUUUCGAUGUGUUCAUGGCAAAAAGAGACACCCAUAGGUGCGCCGAAGACGAAUGCUUUUGGGAAGUGAAGAAAGAUGGCUUGUAUCUCUAUAUUUGGGAGCAUGAUGCGUAUGAGUUGUAG